AUGAACGUUUCUAGGGCAGUGUUACACCCGACUGAGUUAUGGAGCACUGAGAUCCACAACGGUAGCAUGUUGCUUAUGCUAUCUUACGGCAGCGCGGAUCUCGGCGGCGGAGUGUUACGGAUCCUGCCAGAUAGAAUCACACGCCUAGACUAUGCACUACCUAUUUGGCCGUUUCGCGUUGGCUUCACCUAUCUAUCAGAGCGUGAGAGCAGCAGUAAUAUGUUCGUGGUGCCAUUCACUGCUGCUGUUUGGUGGACAUGCUUUGGCUUCGUGUUAUUAAUGACGGUAGCACAGAGAGUGACUGCUAUGAAGCCUGUUGAGAAAGAAGGAGCGUAUAUGGCGGUGCUGGCUACUUAUUUACAACAAGACGCAAGCGCAGUUCCCGAAGGUGCAUCUGGUAGAUGGACGUUUGUGGUCGUAUCUGUGUUCUCAAUGUUGAUCCAUGCGUAUUAUACGUCGGCGAUAGUAUCAGAUCUGAUGAGUACAGGACGCAGUGGGCCGGACACGCUGCGAGCGCUGGCUGACUCCAGAUAUGCGAUCACGUCGGAGGAUUACGAUUAUAUGCGAUAUUUGAUGUUUGAUGUGGAAACUAAUUGGGACGAGUUAGAGUACUUGAAGAACAAGAAACUUACUUCACGUUUCUAUGUUGGCAUGGAACGAGGUGUAGACCUCAUCAGGAGAGGGCAAACCGCUUAUCACACGGAGUAUAACCAACUCUACCCCUAUCUCAAGACAUUUACUGACCACCAGCUUUGUAAACUACAAUAUGUGGAUACAAUACCUGAGUCCGUGGCGUGGGUGACGACAACAAAACGAGGGCAAUGGUUCGAAUACCUUCGGUCUAAAGGCAGCUGGAUAACCGAAGUGGGUUUAGCUAAACGUUUAGUAUCAAACCUGAGACUUCGACCACCACCCUGUAGAGCCGCAUUGUUAGCUGAACGAGUGAAAUUUGGUGACAUCACUCCACUGUUAGCGUUAUCUGUAUUGGGGACUGCGUUGUCCUUAUUUAUAUUAGGCGUUGAGAUGAGCUCGCUUCACGAAAGAAUGAACCAAAUGCUUGAAGCUCUCUACUCUUCAUCUUUGCUUCCAAAACCGAAGUCAACUAACUCAGAGAGUCAAAGUUCAGAAUCAAAUGGAAAUGAAUAUACAAACUACGAAUCGCAAUAUUACUCGCCUUAUUUACCAGUAAUGCCACCACCGCCACAAGUCAUAUACGUAUCGCCACCACCACCAUUCGCCUACCCUUCAUUACCACCUUACCCUCCACCAUCAGUACCCCCACCAUAUUACCCUCCACAAGAAACUCCACCAGAAUAUCCUCCCCCAGCAGCCCAAUAUGGAUCACCUACCCAUGCGUAUAUACCCAUCCAAUACCCUGUACCUCCACGAGUACCAUAUACCCCACCCUACCCAUAUCCAUCGCCUUACCCAGGGCACCCUGAACCUGUAUAUUCACCCUGGACUUAUAAAUCGUAUCAGCCCCAAUUACCAGCACCAGAAUAUCCUCCACAGUACCAUUCGCCACCACAACCUCCACCAGUUUAUACUACACCCCCGCCGGUUUAUGCUGCACCCCCACCUUACGCUAGAUAUUCCGAAUUGAUACCAAUAUCGCCUCAAUAUGUUUAA